CAGGCGCACCUGUCCCCGCUGCACGCUGUCCGUCCGCAGCAGCGCUCUCCCUCGCAGCCCUUCUCUCUCCACCGAGUAUCCCGGAGCCAGGGGCUCGCGAGAGCGGGAGAGGGCAAGCCUAGGGAAGGCUCUGUCCAGGCCGGCACAGGGGACACAGUCCGGGUGGGUCGAGCUGCGUGGACGUCGCUGCGGCCACCAUGGUAGCCACUUGCCUGCAGGUGGUGGGUUUCGUCACCAGCUUCGUGGGUUGGAUUGGCAUCAUCGUCACAACGUCCACCAAUGACUGGGUGGUGACCUGCAGCUACACCAUCCCCACCUGCCGAAAAAUGGACGAACUGGGCUCCAAGGGGCUGUGGGCCGACUGCGUCAUGGCCACUGGUCUCUACCACUGCAAGCCACUGGUGGACAUCCUGAUCCUCCCGGGCUACGUGCAGGCUUGUCGAGCCCUCAUGAUUGCUGCCUCUGUUCUGGGCCUGCCCGCCAUCUUACUGCUGUUAACGGUUCUCCCCUGCAUCCGAAUGGGCCACGAGCCUGGCGUAGCCAAGUAUAGGCGAGCCCAGCUGGCCGGGGUGCUCCUCAUUCUGCUGGCUCUCUGCGCCAUCGUGGCCACCAUCUGGUUUCCUGUUUGUGCGCACCGCGAGAUCACCAUCGUGAGCUUUGGCUACUCGCUGUACGCGGGCUGGAUCGGUGCUGUGCUGUGCCUGGUCGGUGGCUGUGUCAUCGUCUGCUGCUCCGGCGACGCACAGUCAUUUGGAGAAAACCGUUUCUAUUACUCUUCUGGUUCCAGCUCGCCAACGCAUGCCAAGAGUGCGCAUGUCUAAGAGGGCUGCUCCACUGCCCGCCGAGGUGCUGUAAAUGCUGUGCCUGGGCCCCGGGUUUGCUCGCCACAGUGGGGAGAAGCCCACUUCCCUGCCAGGCACUAAAGCCAAAGUUCUAGAAAGUAUCCUGCCUGGCAUUUUGCAGUAACACCUCACCCCAGCCACCCACCACCUCUUAAAAGAAUUGCCUUAAAAGAAAGCUCUAGCUCAGAUAAUGCCCACAUAAUUUUUUUUCUCCUGGUGUUUCGGAUCGUUCUUCUUUCCUUGGGCUUUCCAUUGUUGUUGAUUAAAAAAAUAUUUUGUUUCUCUCUUAAAUUCAAAUGUCUUGGGAACAUUGCUGACCUGGGUGUGGAUCUGGAGAGAAAUAAAAGACGCUUUUCAAAGGGUUACCAACGACAAUGGAAGCCUCAGAGAGACAGCGCUCCUCUCUCUCAGCUUAGUUUCAAGGUCACUUACAUAUAAGAGAUAGAAACGGAUAGACUUGGGAACACGGGUGGGAGGGGAACUCGGAGCUUUCCCUCCGUGGGAAAGCUUCCCUUUUGUAAGUUGAGGGGUUGGGUCUCUCUUUUUUUUUU